CACUUGGGAAAGACACGCGACUCAGAUUGCAAUAAGUAGAGGAAGGCGCACUGCACAGACCAAGCACAGGGGGAUGUCACGUCCGGAUUAUCAUCCUGGAUGCCAUGGCUGACAUACAAAUGUUCCAUUAACAUCUCUAAAGUCGCUGCUUAAGCUUUGACAUCUUCCAUAUGAGCGCGAUGUAACCCGAAGGAACUCGUGGCACCGUUUUUAUGCCGCGCUGAUGUGAGACACCGGUGCGUCUUUUAGGCUGUCCACAUUCAGGCGCCGAGUGGAGAGGAUGCGCGCAACAUGGACUUGAACGAGUUUAACGGCACGGAGGAGCGCAACGCGACUGAAGCUGCAGCAUGGCCACACACGGAGGCCGCGGCGGCCUUCAUCAUCCUCGUAGCGUCGCUUCUCAUCCUGGUUACCAUCGUCGGGAACGCACUGGUCAUCGUAGCCGUGCUGACGAGCCAUGCGUUGCGCGCGCCCCAGAACCUCUUUCUGGUGUCCCUGGCCUCGGCGGACAUCCUGGUGGCGGCUCUUGUCAUUCCGUUCUCGCUCGCCAACGAGGUGAUGGGGUACUGGCGCUUCGGCAGCGUGUGGUGCGCGCUCUACCUGGCGCUGGACGUGCUCUUUUGCACGUCCUCCAUCGUGCACCUGUGCGCAAUCAGCCUGGACCGCUACUGGUCGGUAACUGAGGCGGUGAGCUACAACGCGAAGCGCACGCCGGCGCGCGUUAAAUCCACGAUCGCGGUGGUGUGGGCAAUCUCCGCGGUCAUCUCCUUUCCGCCGCUGGUCAUGACCGAGCACAACGAACGGGAAUGCCUCAUCAACGAAGAGCCGUGGUACAUCCUGUCUUCAGCGAUCGUCUCCUUCUUUGCGCCGGCGCUCAUCAUGAUCGCUGUCUACCGCAAGAUCUACCGCGUGGCCAAGCAGCGCGCGUCGACCGUCUUCGCAGCCAAAAACGGUGUUCCCCGGCCGCGCGCCUCGCCUUCCGAGACGUGUCUGGCGCGCGACGCCAAACCCGAAGCGGAGAGCCCGAGCAGCCUGAGCUCCGGGAGCAACCGGCAACAGCUGGAACGGAGACGAAACGAGGACGACGAUGACGACGAAGAGGAGCUCGACGACAUCGAUCUGGAGGAGAGUUGCGCGUGGGACGGGCAGCCCCAAAAAGGCGGCAGUGCGCGUUUUGCCAAGCGCAGGAAAGCGGAAAGCAGGACGGAGCGGACCUGCUGCCGCGCCACUCCAUGGGCCUCCAAACAGCCACGCGCCGUCCCGCGCGUCGCGAGACCGCUGACUGUCGCCAGGCAAAGCGCGCGGAAAACCAGAGCGGCGCAGAUGCGCGAGCGGCGAUUCACCUUCGUCCUCGCAGUGGUGAUGGGAGUGUUCGUGCUGUGCUGGUUCCCGUUUUUCUUCACCUACAGCCUGCGGGCGGUGUGUGGGGAACGGUGCCACGCGCCAGAGGGCCUUUUCAAGCUCUUCUUUUGGAUCGGUUACUGUAACAGCUCCGUUAAUCCCAUCAUUUAUACAAUUUUUAACCGGGACUUCCGGAAGGCGUUUAAAAAAAUCUUGUGCGCGUCUGCAACUCAGCGCGUUUGACUCGGAGUUUUGUUGAAAACUUUGGCCUUUGGACUUCAUGGACGAGUUUAUUAAAAAGCUGUGUUGCCAGAUUGCAUAAGUCCUUCUGUCUACGCCACAGUUUAAAAAUUAAUUAGACCAAAAUAUGAUAUUGCCUAAUGAAUGCCAAACAUUCCUGAAAUGAAAUCAUGUUUUAAAAGAUCAGCGGUACUCUCUGUAGAGCAUAAUAGUAAUAAUAAUAAUAAUAAUAGCCCGAAUUGUAUUCUCUCCCUUUGCUUUGUGGGGUUCCUUUAAAUACUCUGGUUUCACAGUCCAAACACAUGCACUGUAAGUUAAUUGGUAUUUUCAAAUCAGGUGUAUAAGUGGUUCUGCUCUUUUGUGCCCGGGGAUGGGUUGGCACCCCACCUAGGUUAUCCCCACCUUGUGCCCUAACCUCCCUAGGAUAUAGGUUCUUUGAUGGAUGAAUGAGGAUGUUCAUUAUAUUUGUACAUAGUCACAUUGAAAUGUUUAUAAUGUAAAAAAAAGUUUAAAUGAUUAAAAUAAGCUAUAAAUGUGUCAUAAACGUUCUUUUUUCGGUCUAUGUCUUAAAGGCUUAAAGUUGUUCUGUCUAUGACUCAACAAAAUGUUCAGCUGUCUGCAGAAUAUUAAUACAAAACAUGAACCUUUCCA